AUGAGUAACAAAGAUGGCAUGAACUACGCCCCGAAGGGCAAACCCCAGCCAGUGGUCGAAGCGGGCACGUUCGUCAUCGCGGCAGCAGCACUAGACCAUUCACAUGUCUACGGCAUGUGCAACGGGCUCGUUGAGGCGGGCGCGACCCUGAAGUGGGUGUGGGACUCUGAUCCGGCCAAGGCCGAAGCAUUCGUUCGUCAAUACCCAGAGCACAAGGUUCAAAUCGCCGACUCGCUGGACACAAUUCUCAACGACAGCACGGUGAAGCUCGUGGCAAGCGCGGCCGUCCCCUCGGAGCGCUGUGCACUUGGCCUGAAGGUGAUGGACGCCGGAAAGGACUACUUCACCGACAAAGCCCCGCUGACCACACUGGCGCAACUGGAGGCGGCGAAGCGGAAAGCGGCGGAGACCGGCCGGAAGUAUGCCGUCUACUACAGCGAGCGACUUCACAACGAGAGCGCGGUCUUUGCCGGGCAGCUCGUCGAGCAAGGGGCUAUCGGCCGCGUGAUACAAACGCUCGGUACAGGCCCGCAUCGCGAAGGCGCGCAGGGCCGUCCCGGCUGGUUCUACGAGAAGGAGCUCUUUGGCGGCAUCCUCUGCGACAUUGGCAGCCACCAGGUCGAGCAGUUCCUGUACUUCACCGGCAACGCCGACGCGCAGGUGGUGGCGAGCCAGACGCGCAACUUUGCGCACCCGCAGCACCCGCGGUUCGAGGACUUUGGCGACGCGGUGCUGGCGGGCGAGAACGGCGCGACGGGCUACUUCCGAUGCGACUGGUUCACGCCCGACGGGCUGAGCAGCUGGGGCGACGGGCGCCUGACGAUCCUGGGCACCGAGGGCUACAUCGAGGUCCGCAAGUAUGUCGACAUCACGCGCGGCGAGCAGGACGUCGUCUACCUGGUCAACAAGGACGGCGAGGUCCGUCACCCAGUGGCCGGCAAAGUGGGCUUCCCCUUCUUUGGCGAGCUGGUUCUGGACUGCGUCAACCGCACGGAGAACGCGAUGUCCCAGGCGCACGCAUUCAAGGCCGCGGAGCUUUGCAUCAAGGCGCAGAUGUUGGCCAACGCACGUCCCUGA